CUCUUCCCCCUUGCUCUCUCCCUCUGACACUGGUGAUAGGGCAGGGGAGAGAGGUAGACUUUCAGUUCUAGCCUACAGACACACAGUGAAACAGUAGACGUCCCCUUAUGCAUUUUUAACAGCUCAGCAGGAGAUGGGAACAGUUUGGUUGGGACAGUUUGUUCACAGAUACAGUGACCCAAGUGAUCAGGUGAGUCCAAACUGCUCUGUUUGUUUGCUAAUGCUGGAAUAUUUAUCAGGAAUUACUUGCAAACUAACUUUGUUUGCAAGAUUUAACUUCACCCACGGAAAGCAGCAGUGAGAGUGUAGAUUUGGCUUUAAUAACUCAAAACGGUUGUGAGUUUUCAUGCAUGUUACAAGUUAUUUACUUGACUCUUUAAUCAGUGAACAAUUUAGGUGAGGCCUCCAGUAAUAGUCUCUUUUUUUUGGUAAAGAUGUACCCUGAAGCUGAUAUGUUUACAAUCUAGAUUCAUUGAGCUCUCUGACAGACCUUGACUUUGCGAGCUGUCCCGCGUGCUGUAAUUAUGAGAGGAAAUUGUCAACUCGACCUAUUUAAUAUAGGGAUUUAGCUAUACUGUUAUGUACAAAUGAAUACUGUUAUCCCCCUCAGCUGUGAAUGACACACCUCACUCUUUCUCUCUUGUGAACUACCAUCUCGUUUGUGCAUGUGGAAAAAGCAGAGGUGGUGCAACCUUCCCAGUUUGAGGUGCAAACUACCUGGCUUUUAUUUCUUUGGGAAGCCCUUCUAACUGUCCCAGUAUAAGUGGAAGACACUGCUGAGGUGAACCAGUAAUAUAGGAUGCCAGGAGCCAGUGGCGUCAACGUUGAGGGCUCUUGUGAUGCCCUCUGUCGGACCCUGGUCUCCCAGAACGGCCUCCAGAGAGAGACGGCCGACAUCUCCCAGUCUGUUCUCUACACCUCACUGAUGGGCUUGCUUCUGGUCGCCGACAACGAGAAAGAGCAUCUCUCUAUAGGAAGUGGAAGGGUUGGCCUAAGAAACAUAGGAAACACAUGUUUCCUGAACGCAGUAGUCCAAUGUUUGUCUCACACACGUAGCCUACGGGACUACAGCCUCCUCAUGUCCUACAGGGAUGAGAAGUUCUCCAAAGAGGAGGCUAAGCUCAUGGAAGGUAUGUUCCUCUCUCCUGCUGUUCCCUCCGCCUCCUAUUGUGUUUUCAUCUUUCUCAUUGCUCCCGGUCUCCCUGUGCCAGCUUUCUCUCAGGUGCUGUCAGGCCUUUGGGAUGUAAAUGACGGGGACACAGUUGUAAACCCACGACAGUUUUACAGUAUGUUUAAAGAAGCGGUGCCUUACUUCAGUGGAUACAGUCAACAGGAUGCGCAGGAGUUCCUCAGGUUCUUAUUGGACAAGCUGCACACAGAAAUCAACCGCAGACCCUAUAUUCGACGAACAGGGAAGGAGCCUGAACAGAAAUUUGCCCGAUUUAGGAUUUCGGAGGAGGCAGCCGCCAUGUGGAAGAAGCACAUGGAGAGAGAUGACAGCAGAAUAGUCGACCUGUUCUCAGGCCAGCUGAGGAGCUCGCUGCAUUGCUCAGUGUGCUCCCACUACUCCAACACGUUCGACGUGUUCUGUGAUCUGUCGCUGCCCAUCCCCAAGAGGGGCUCUGCUGGGGGGGUCACGCUGAGGGAGUGCCUGGACCUCUUCUCUCAGGAGGAGAAGCUGGACAAGGACAACUCACCAAUGUGCGAGAGGUGUAACAGGCAUACAGAGUGCACCAAGCGGCUUUCCAUCCAGAGGUUUCCCCAGGUUAUUGUGAUCCAUCUGAACCGCUUUACUACGUCACGGUGGUCUAUCAGUAAAAGCACAGUGUACGUGUCCUUCCCACUCACUGACCUGGACCUUGGAUGCUACGGGCCCGUCGACUGUGGCCCAGUUCUGUAUGAUUUAUGUGCAAUAUGUAACCACGCUGGGACGGUGAACAUGGGCCACUACACAGCCUGCUGUUCAGAUGAAAAUGGUUGGUGCUUCUACAAUGACUCGAGUGUGACUCCAGUCUCGGAGAACCAGCUUCAGACCAAUCAAGCAUAUGUGCUGUUCUACCAGCGCAGCAACAGCACCACCACAGUCAGGAAAUAGACCGGAGACUGGCUGAGUCGAGCAGCCAAUCGGAGCAUCUUUACCUCCAGUGUCCAUAGAAACAAAUAGAAUGAGCAGUGCUUUAACUCUUGCAGCUAUGAACAGCUCAAUCUCAGUGAGCAUGCCUUUAAAUAAACUCUAAAGAGGAGGAGAGCGAAGCCAUGCUCACUUCAACGGGGGCUUGAAGAGGCGAUCUUCCCUCCUGAAUCAUGGAGAUGCUUUUGAAGGGUCUCAGUGAGAGAGCUGAGACAGCUCAGACAGACUGCAUUGCAGCCUUAAAAGUCUCUGUGCCAUACUUCUCAGGCAGGAGUGAGUGGUGUACUUGCACAUGAUGCUGAGCUCUUUAUGUAAGAUAAUUGUGAUUCAUGCUUGCGAUGCAACAUAAACCCAAAUAUACAAAGAUAAAUCUUGGGUGGAAAAGAAAUUAGGCAACAUAUGAUGACUCAAUUGUGACAUAGGACUUCACUUUAAGCUCCAGUUUUGUGAAAUGUACAGUACUUCAACUCAAUGUGUAAAUAUCUGUAGCCAAUACUAUGUGCUGUCAUUUUAUGUUAAUCUCCCUCCACAUGGAGAGUUUCCCAUGAAACAUGAAAACGUUAAAAUGGGCUAUAUUUUCCCUCUACCUGAAUUAUAAUUCCUAUGUAUAUAUUCGUAUAUGUAUGUAUAAAUGUAUGUUUUUUUUACAUUUGUGUCCACAACUUGCAUUGAAAGUAGCCUAUUGCAUUAUUAUUUGAAACCUUGAA